AUCCUCAAGGCAAUAAUACCAUUCAGCGUUUUGCAUCCUUUUUUGUUUCAUUGCUCCCUCUGAUUGGCCAAGACUGUGAGAAACUCUGGGCAAAGCAAGACCCACACAUUCAUAUGUAGAUGUGUGGCUAUAUAAAGGAGGGCUGCAGCCAGCAGAGAUCAGAUUCUCUCUACUGAGACCACUAGCACGUAAAUCCAACAAUGGCACCUACAAUCCCUGCAGCAAUGACCAACUCACAGGAGCAUCUGACUCUGAACCACAAGCUGAGAAAGCCUCUGGUGGAAAAGUUGCGCAGAGAGCGAAUCAACAGCAGCAUUGAGCAACUAAAGUCUCUCCUGGGUCCAGAGUUCCUCAAACAGCAACCAGACUCCAAGCUGGAGAAAGCAGACAUCCUGGAGAUGACAGUUUGCUUCCUGAGACGGCUUCAGCAGCAGCAGCAUCUACAUUUGGAUGCAGGAGCUGCUGAUCAGGGCUACUCCAGAUGUUUCCAAGAGGUGGUGCACUUCCUGUCCAAAGAUGAUCUGAAGACACAGUCCCAAAGAAGACUGCUGAACCACAUGAACCAGCUGCAGUCUUCCUCUGAGAGGAACCUGAAAGACAAUUUUCCUAUCAACUCCACAACCCAGGCCUCUAUUAAGAAAAAGAGCCCAGCCAACAGCUCCCUCUGGAGGCCAUGGUAAAAAUGUAGGACAUACGUCCUGGAAUUCAAAGUUUCUGUACUUCGACUCACUUAUGCUUUUCUUAUAUCUAAGAGUCAUUGCCUGUAUCAAGGUGUUUUGUUUUGCCUUUUAUAAAGGCUAGAAAAUGGUUUUUCUUCAACAAGAAAUUCGGUUAUUUUGUUUAUGAAACAGUGACAAACGUGUAAGUUCAUAGUCUUAAUUCUGUGAUGUAAACAACAUUAUUCUCAAUGUAAAUACUCAUAUAAUGUUGGCAGUGAUGACAACAAUGUAUGUUUGUAUGAUUAGUUCCAUUUUGGGGACAGUUUUAUGUUCAUGUUUUAACAUGUUUCAGAUUUAUAUGUGUUUUCCACAUUUUCUUCUGAUUGAUCUGGCCUCAUUGGUUUUAAAAAAUCUUAAUUUCAUGCUUUUUCUGUUAAGCAGAUGAGAUUCAAGACAAAUGUGCUGCUUUAUAACUCUGUGAGUGACAGCACCCAUACCUUCAAGGAAGGAAUCAAUAUUUGGAAAAUGUCUCACAAUGAAUGUAUCUCUUCGAACCAAGUGAUGCGCAAUAAAACAAUCAGAAAAACAA